AUGCCCUCGCCCCGAUUCAGCUUCUCCUGCCCAUUCCCGCAUUGCCAGCAGGCGUGUCGCAACCAGAGCGGUCUCACCCGACAUAUCAACUCAAAGCAUCGGGAAAUCACCCCGGUCAGCGACGAGGCAGAGGAUCCGUCCAAGUUGACUUUCCUUUAUCACAGGCACCUUACUGCUCUGCCUUGUGAUGUUGAUGGGCAUUAUCUGCCUCCGAACACACCACCGAGACCGCCACCACCGCCGCCAACCGUUCCAGCCGACGUAACAGACGACGACGCAUGGGAUCCCUUCCACUCGCGCGCUGAGUUCGACUUCGCUCACUGGCACUUCGUCACCAAUCAAAGCUCUGCCGAAGGCAUUAACAAGAAUCUCGAUAUCCUCACCGCUACGCUUUUACCCACUAAUGGCCGUACAUUCCCGUGGAAGAACGCUCAAGAUGUAUACGACUCCAUUGACUCUAUCCAAGCGAGCUCCACCCCCUUCCGGUCCGUCAAGAUGCGCUAUACCGGCCCUCUCCCUCCCGGAACGCCACCAAAGUGGAUGUCGGAGACGUACGAGAUGUUCGUGCGAGACUCCCGGCUUCUCCUUCAUCAGCAGCUCGCCAGCGAACAAUUCCGCGACGCACUCACGCCUCGGCCAUACCUGCAAUUUAAUCGCGAUGGCAAGCGGGUCUUUUCAAACUUCAUGUCUGGGGAUUGGGCGUUCAAACAGGCUGACAUCAUCGCGCAGGACGAGAACACGCAUGGGGCCAUGUUUGUGCCUGUUAUAGGCGGAAGCGACAAGACGACCGUCUCGGUCGCGACGGGCCACCAGGAGUACCAUCCGGUGUACCAGUCACCUGGAUGUAUAACGAACAACGCGCGCCGCGCGCGCGGAGAUGGUGUGCUUCCCGUUGCCAUGCUACCUAUCCCUAAAACGAGCAAGAAACAUCGCCGUCGACCUGCAUAUCAAACCUUUGUACGACAACUCUAUCACGCAUGCCUCGCCUACACGUUCCGCCCUCUGAAGGAUGGCAUGACCACGCCUGAUGUCAUUCAGUGCGCCGAUGGGUAUUACCGACGUGUCAUCUACGGCCUCGGUCCAUACAUCGCUGACUAUCCCGAGCAAGUAUGGUUGUCGGGCAUAGUGCAGGGGUGGUGUCCCAAAUGUGAUGCUCAGCCUGAUGACCUCGACUCGGAGAAUGCUCGACGACGCACCCACGAGAAGACCGACUUCUUGAUCAGCAUAUUUGACCCGGGCAUCCUCUGGUCCGACUUUGGAGUACGAGUGGAUGUUGUGCCCUUCACGCACGAAUUUCCCCGAGCUGACAUCCACGAGCUCCUUUCCCCCGACCUUCUGCAUCAAGUCAUCAAGGGAACGUUCAAGGACCAUCUCGUUACGUGGAUUGGCGAGUACCUCAAUGCAACAUACGGGCCGUCGCGUGCCAAGGAGAUCUUGGAUGACAUUGACCGUCGACUCUCAGCAGUACCCUCGUUCCCCGGCCUUCGCCGCUUUCCUGAAGGACGCGACUUUGCACAAUGGACCGGAGACGACUCAAAGGCGCUUAUGCGGGUAUACCUGGCUGCGAUUGCGGGGCAUGUGCCAUCGGACAUCGUCAAGUGCUUCGCUGCCUUCCUCGACUUCUGCUAUAUCGCAAGACGCAACGCUAUCACCGCUCCCAUGAUUGACGACCUCCGCGACGCUCUUCGGCGUUUCCACCAUCACCGCCAGGUCUUCAUUGAGACCGGUGUACGUCCUGACGGCAUCUCCCUUCCUCGUCAACAUGCUCUCAAGCACUACAUCGACUCGAUAGUCCUCUUCGGCUCGCCGAAUGGACUCUGCUCGUCAAUUACGGAGUCAAAGCACAUCAAGGCUAUCAAGGAGCCGUGGCGCCGCUCGAGCCGGAACAUGGCAGCCUUGCGCCAGAUGUUGCUAACAAACGUCCGUCUUGACAAGAUGCAGGCCGCGCGGCUAUCCUUCGAGAAGCGCGGAAUGCUACGAGGCACGGCUACGUCAUUCACGGCCGAUAUGCUAGCGGGGCACCCGAUCGUUGUGGACGAAGAGGAUAUCGAGGAGGAGGAGGACGAAGGACCACUGCUUGGCCCACGCGCGCUGUCGUCGGUGGAUUUAGCGGCCACAAGACAACGCGACUAUCCUCGCUACGUGCAGGAACUCAGUCAACACAUCUCAGAGCCACAACUCCCUCUCCUUUUGCGCCAAUUCCUCUACUCCCAGCUACACCCCGACUGCGAAUCCAUCACGAACAUCCCCAUGCACGAUCUCCCCUACAUCACAACGAAGAUUGAUGUUUUCCAUUCCGCGGUGGCACGCUUCUACGCACCGAGCGACCUUUGCGGAGCGGGAGGCAUGCGCCGCGAGCGCAUUCGCUCGACCCCCAGCUGGUACGGCUGUCCUCGCCGAGACACCGUCCUCAUCAACAUCGGAGGCGACCCGUCCGUGAUGAAAGGUAUGAAUAUCGGCCGUGUCUUCUUGUUUAUGGCAUUCAAUUACGACGGGAUUACCUACCCAUGCGCGUUGAUCCAGUGGCUUGUCCCUGCGUCAGACGCCGUUGACGACGAGACAGGCAUGUGGAUAGUAGAGCCCGAAUACCUACACGACGGCAGCCCUAGCUUGGAGGUCAUACAUCUCGAGACCGUCGCGCGGGGAGUUCAUUUAGUCGCUGAAACACAGGCGCAGUGCGAAAUCGACAAGGCCCAGAAAGAGAUAGACGAAAUCACUCAGCAGUUGCGGUUCAUCGUCCAAGACCGCAUUGCCCUCAGAAGUGCUAUAGUAUGCCUACAGCAGGAGAUUGAGGUAUUCUGCAGUUAUCCUGUCAUCCUCUACGCCCUCUUGACGACUUCAUCGCAUCCGGCAGAGAUUGAGCUCAACUUCCUGCGAGAUAUAUGUGCUAUCCGCACAGCAGGCAUUCCAGUACGCGCGAAGGCUGGAACGCCAUCCCCUUUUGAAAGGCUGCUGCAAGACGAUGCAGAUUCCCAUGCCAAAGAUGCCAACGAGCCUACGGCGCGUACCGAUCAGCAGGGGUCACAGGGUAAUGCCGAUCAUCAGGAGGAAAUUCCGAGGUCAUAUGGUUCAACACUCGACCAACAUGACGACGAUACGGCCUCAGUAAUACUGGAAGACGAUGCGACGAGCAUACCAGACGGCAUAGCGUUAUACAGCACGAAGAACAAGGUAUUCCCAGACGGUUUCCCAGACAUUGCAGAUGUAUCUGUCCCGUUUAAUGCAAGCUCUAGCAAUGGAGAAGAUCAGGCGUCCACCAACGCUUUCAUCCAUCCUGCCCUCGCCACUUCAACUCUCUUGCGGAUAGGCACCCCUUAUCCCAGUGCCGCGCCGAGAUCCCAAGCCUGCAUGGAUGAUACGACGAACGACGUGGCGGAGGAUGAACCAGACGGCCACGAGGAUCGGGCAUCACAGGUAGCCAACGCUUUCGCCGGCGAGACGAACGACGUGGCGGAGGAUGAACCAGACGGCCACGAGGAUCGGGCAUCACAGGUAGCCAACGCUUUCGCCGGCGAGACGAACGACGUGGCGGAGGAUGAACCAGACGGCCACGAGGAUCGGGCAUCACAGGUAGCCAACGCUUUCGCCGGCGAGACGAACGACGUGGCGGAGGAUGAACCAGACGGCCACGAGGAUCGGGCAUCACAGGUAGCCAACGCUUUCGCCGGCGAGUCUGUUAAAUGCGUGAAGGAGACGCCUCUUCCCGCACAUCCUGCUCAAUACCCAACGACCAUUGCUGCAAAGAGCACCCCUCAGAGGCAUCCAAAGGAAUUCAUGACUUCCUUUGUAACGAACGCAAGUGAGCAAGGGAUCGAGCCUUAUGACAGUGCCGAAGAAGAAUCUAUGGAUCGAUCGUCUCAGAUAUCCACAGCAUCUUAUCGGCGGCCAGGGCAUAUCACCCUUGAUUCUCCGUUGCCCUCAUUCCCCGCCAAUUGCCCGAAGAGCCUGAUACGUCAGGUCAAAUAUAUCUACGUCCCGUUGGGCGCCCUAUAUUCGCAAGCCCUUGAAACAUGGUUCGAGUACCAAGACCUCAUGGACUGGGCCCCGAGACAGCACGGUUUCCCAGUCAAAAGCAGACCGGCCGAGCUGAGCAAAUGGAUCAAGGCAUCACGACCCGACAAACCGUCCGAGGAUAGAGUUCGCGACCUUCCUUCGUUUAUAGCCGCGUGGAACAGGUGGUGGGAGUAUAUAGCGGUGUCAAACUGCUCAUCGAGGGCGGGUGCCGGGCAAAGCGGAUGGUACCUGCAUCUUGUUUGUCUUAAGUGGUGGAGGGAGUGUCAGGGGGAAGCAGAUGAACAGUGGGAGGGUGCGGUCCAAAAGGUCACCCAGGGUAUGAAGAAACACGAGGUGAGGGCCUUGAUCGAGAAGACAAGGCACGAGAUCCUUUGCGGCUGCAGCGCCAAGGCUAAGCCCGCCCCGCCCCGCCCCGUCAGCGUUGUCGAAGCCGGCAGCUCCCAAACCCGUUCCUUCGGCACCAUCCCCGCGCGACCUCAAGGGAAAAGCCCCGCCUGUGUCUCGGACAAGGGAGCAUUUGACGUCAUCUCACAGGUUCGCCCUUUCAAAAUCAUUCAACUGCUCUCCGUUGCUCUCCGCGCGUCCCCGCGUCACUCACGGAUUUACCUGUCCGCUGCCGAGUGGAUCGUGAGGGGCAACCUGAUGAUGUUCGCAGGACCAGAUACAACGGCGCUCCAGCCUCUAUCCGCCACGGAACUCAUGCUCACUGCCCUCAAGUCUCGCAUCCCAGUCAGGUCCGCUGGCCUCCCGGACGCCUUCACCCAAGACGAGUGCUACGCUCAUCUGUUCGAGCACAGUCCCGUACCCCGAAUGCUCAAGGAUACGCAACUCCCGAGCUGGGUUCGUGAUCCCCAAUCCUAUGAAGCCAGCUCGUUCUCAUCCCUCGCGCUUGCCUUCGAGGAUCCGGACGGCACUCUGCUGGAGCAAGUGCUCACUUCCGGCCCCUUUUUCGCCUUCAGAGCAGUGGCACGUGCGAAGCGCUGGAAGUCGAAGCCUCGCCAGCCCACACCGUCAAACCUUCCCUCCCCUCCCCACAACCACGAACAACCCCCGCCCGGCCCCCAGCACAACCUUCCUAGGGAGGUCGGCAUCAUGCAAGUGGAGCCGACGACCCAGGUGACCGCCGCCUCGAACACGCCUGGCCGUCGCAAAGCGCAUUUGCGCGACGCGACCGGUCCUAACCAGGGAGUCCUUGGUCAAGUCAUGCUCGUUGUCUUAUCUGCUGAGCCCCUGUCUGCGCCUCACUGCCUGCUCACUGUGUCCCUCACACUCGAGCUUGAGGACGCAUACAUCUGUUCAUUUGACUUGCGGUAUCUUUCCCUCAUCGUCACCGAUGCGUUUCCGGGCACCCGCUACCGGUGGCGGCAGUAG